AUGGGCUCAGAACAAGCCUUAAGUGAGGUUGUCGAAUCUGCUAAAGAGCGGUUCGGCAGGCUUAGGCAUUUAGUUCAGAAGUUUCUUGAUGAUGACGACGUGCCACAAGAGUGUCUGCCUUUGCUCCAAGAAUGCGCAGAAAUAUGGUCUAGUUAUGUGGACGCAUGCCAGGAUAUAACCAUGCAGGCCCCUAAAGAAGAUGCAAACCGGUUGUCAAAGGGGUUUCUCCGAUUGAAUGAAACAGCUUUUUUAUAUUACAUGAUCGUAUAUACGCUCUUGGAGGAUACUCUACCAAGACUAAAGGAAUUUUCGAGCAACAAGGACCAGAAUGUUAGAAAUUUGUACGGGGAGAGAAUCCAGCUUUUGCAUAAUGACCCAAAUAUUGAGCGGAUUCGAAAUGUCAUUGAAAAUUACCCUAAAUUUAUACAGUUGCAAACUAUAGAGCCUGGAAAAUUAAGUUCAAUGUUGCAUUUUCAUGGUGACGCUCUCUUGCUUAUCGAUGUACGGCCCAGGUCUGAAUUCGUUAGGGCCCAUAUCAAAUGCAAAAACAUUAUAUGCAUCGAUCCUGCCUCAUUUAAGGAUUCUUUUACAGACCAACAAAUUGAAAGUGUCUCUUUGAUCACUUCGCCGCACUCAGAUAUCACUUUCUUUUCAAAUCGAGACAAGUUCAAGUUCAUUAUUUUAUAUACUGACACUCAAUUGCAUAAUAAUUUCCAGCAAAGGCAAACUCGCAUCCUUGCGAAGAUUCUUUCCCAAAAUUCAGUAAUUAAACCGCUGAGUGGGACGAAAAUACUCAUUUUGGAAAAUGGGUUCUCAAACUGGGUUAAAUUAGGUGGGGCGUAUCAAUCAUCUGUCAGUGAAACAGCGCAUCUUACAUCCUCGUCUUCAACGCCAGCUUUUGGUAGUCCGCAAGUCCCAACAGGCUUGUUCAAUCAGAAAUCUCUAUCUCCAAAUAAAGAUAAGAGUAUGCCGAUGGUAUCCAUGAAUACGCAGCCUUUGCUAACAACGGUGCAAAGGCCUCAAUUACCCUUAUACUAUUCAGAUUUGCCCAUUAUACCGCAACCAAGCCCCAACAGAAAUUCUCCCACCGUUCAAAAAUUUAGUCCACAUCCACCAACCACUCUCUCAAAACUCAAUACACCCUCGACCAUUCAAAAUAAAGCAAACACUGUGGAAAGAAUAUCGCCAGAUAUCCGCGCUGCACAAGCCCAUGCCUAUUUGCCCCCUGCAUCGAAUGUAUUCUCGCCACGUAUUCCGCCUUUACCACAACAGAACUUGUCUUCGUCGAGGCAGACCAUCCUAAACAACUCACAAGUGCUUGAUCUAGAUCUUAUAGUAGGAUUGGAAAAUAUAGGUAACUGUUGUUAUAUGAACUGUAUACUUCAAUGUUUGGUGGGAACACACGAUUUGGUUCGAAUGUUUUUGGAUAACACAUAUCUGAAUUUUAUUAAUUUUGAUAGUUCAAGAGGUUCUAAGGGGUUGCUAGCUAAAAAUUUCGCCAUCUUGGUCAAUAAUAUGCACAGACACGGUGCAUUCACACCUCCUAACGUAAGAACGAUACCAGUUCAGACUAUUCAGUUUAAAAAAAUUUGCGGCCAUAUCAACCCCAUGUAUAGUGAUUCAAUGCAGCAAGAUUGUCAAGAAUUUUGUCAAUUUUUGCUUGAUGGCUUGCACGAGGAUUUGAACCAAAACGGCAGCAAAAAGCAUCUUAAACAGUUAUCAGAUGAGGAAGAACGAAUGAGAGAAAAAAUGUCCAUACGCAAAGCUAGUGCUCUCGAGUGGGAAAGAUUUUUGCUUACCGACUUCAGUGCGAUAAUUGACCUUUUCCAAGGACAGUACGCAUCUAGGCUACAAUGUCAAGUUUGUGAACAUACCUCCACAACUUACCAAACAUUCUCUGUUCUUUCUGUUCCUGUCCCACGCGUUAAAACUUGUAACAUAUUAGACUGUUUCCGGGAAUUCACCAAAUGCGAAAGGUUAGGUGUCGAUGAACAAUGGUCAUGUCCUAAAUGCUUAAAAAAGCAGCCUUCCACUAAACAACUGAAGAUUACUAGAUUGCCUAAGAAACUAAUUAUUAAUUUGAAACGAUUUGACAAUCAAAUGAAUAAGAAUAAUGUGUUUGUCCAAUAUCCUUACUCCUUAGAUCUUACACCAUAUUGGGCGAGAGAUUUUAAUCAUGAAGCUAUUGUUAAUGAGGACAUUCCUACCAGGGGCCAAGUACCACCAUUUAGAUACAGACUGUAUGGGGUUGCAUGUCAUUCGGGGAGUUUGUAUGGGGGACACUAUACUUCAUACGUUUAUAAGGGACCAAAAAAAGGUUGGUAUUUUUUCGAUGACUCGCUUUAUCGUCCUAUAACGUUUAGUACUGAAUUUAUCACACCCAGUGCAUAUGUUUUAUUUUACGAAAGAAUUUUUUGA